AUGGGCGGCGAAGGGGACGCUCACGGAGAAGCGAUUCGUUCCGACGGCGAUGACUCGCCCUGGGCGGGCAUGAUGGACGACCUGUUCGAAUCCCUGCUGGCCCGGCUGAAUUGCAGGCAGGUGGCGCCCCUGAGAAGCGUCUGCUCGCGCUGGAGGGACAAGGCCCGCCGGCUGCUCUUGAGGUUCGAGACACGGCCACGCCAUCUGCGGCCGAUGCCCCAGCACAUGCCCGCAUCCCUCCCGGACCUGUUCCCAGCCCUGAACACAAUUAAGAUGGACUUCCGCGGGGAUGCUAGGUGGCGUGGGUCGAUCGCAUGCCUGAGCCAGCUCGGGCGGUUGCGGCAGCUGGAGCUGAGCGGCGGCGCCGUGAGGCCGUGGGGGCUGCCGAGCAUGGAUUUGGGGCCUCUGUCGGGAUGCCCGUGCCUGAGCUGGCUGAAGCUUGUGCGUUGCCGCUGCACCGCCGGUGCGGGCCUCCAGCGGCUGACCCAGCUGCAGGAGCUGACGCUCAGCCGCUGCUCGAUCGACGCGUGGGACCCCGGCCUAGUGUGGAUCCUGGCGCCGAUUAGGGGGCUGCGGCAUCUUAGGAUAGAUGGGUACACGGACGAGGCGAGGGUGAAUUUGGUGGGCGUGUCGAGCCUGCAGGGACUGUCCUCUCUGGUUCUGCGCUUACCCGUGAAGUCGCCGACGGAGACGUUUGAGGAGAUUGUGGGCAUGGUGGGGAUUUCUUCUUUGGAUGUUGAGCUGACCGACUGCCAAGCGCCUGAAACAAUGUACGCUGUCGGGCUCCAGUGCGUGACAGGCAUGACGAAUUUGCGGGAGCUGAGGGUGACUGCGCAGCUUGCUCUCUUCCCAGACAGGUCUGGGUUGCCUUUGAGGGUCUUGGACUUGGCAGGCUGUUACACUUCUGUAACGGACGUGGCUUUGUGCCAGCUCUCAAGACUCAGUGUGCUGGAGUGGCUGUCUGUGGCAUACUGUGAACAUAUCAGCGACAUGGGACUGCGGAACUUGGUGUCUGGUACUUCGCUGCUGCGAUUCCUGUCUCUCCGCUCCUGCCUCAACAUCACAGAUUGGGGUGUGGAGGCCAUCUGUAGAAACCUGCUGUGCCUCAGAGAACUUGACAUUGCAUACUGCUGCAUGGUGAGCGAAAGGAGCACAGAGGGCCUGAGCGGACUGGAGAAUCUCAAGCCCCAAGGAAAUUGGCCAAGCUCUGGGAUCCGAAUCGACGUCAAGGGCAGCCUGACCUCCCUUGCGAUAAACCGCGAAUUUGCAGAGGACCGCACUCGCACACGAGGGCUGGCAGGGGCGGUGAGCCGCACGGCGACGGCGCCAGUGGACCGGCUGAAGAUGCUGCUGCAGGUGCAGGACGUGUCCGGGCCCAGGCCCAUGGUGGCGGCCUUCCGGAAGAUGGCCUCGGAAGGCACCGUGAAGUCAUACUUCAGGGGCAAUGGCACAAACGUGUUGAAAAUUGCUCCAGAGACGGCGAUUAAGCUCACAACCAGCGAUAGGAUCAAGAUGUUUAUUGCAUACGAUGUGGACGAUAUACAGCCACCGGAGCGGUUCAUCUCAGGGGCGCUUGCAGGUGCCAUAGCUCAGUUGACGGUCUAUCCAUUGGAGGUCCUUCGAACACGCCUGGCAGUUUGCCAAGUCGGCACUUACAGUGGGCUAACCCAUGCUGCAGCAAGUAUGUACUUUCAGGAAGGUUGGAAGAGCUUCUACAGGGGAUUGACACCAUCCUUGAUCGGAAUUGUGCCUUAUGCUGGUGUGGACAUUGCUGCUUUUGAGAUUUUGAUGGAAGAUCUGACAGAACACUACAAUGGAGAUCCACCAGCACCCAUGAUCCUGGGUGCUGGUAUGCUGUCAAGUUCAUUUGCGCAGUUUGUGUCAUAUCCCCUGGCACUCGCAAAAACAAGACUACAGGUGGGCAUUUGGUGGCCACAUGUGGUUCAUAUUCGUUCUUCAGCGCAGUUGUGUGCCUCAGUAACUCCUCCCAUUGAUGCACUAUGCCAUUGA